AUUGAUUUAUUUUCAAAUUUAAUAUUAACGACUUUUUUUAAAUUGAUUUUAAAGGUAAUAGCAUUUUAUGGAAGUUCAAUCGAUUUAAUUGAUCUACCAUUGCCGAGAGAAAACAAAACGUGGGCUUUAUAUCAUGAAGAAUCGUCAAGGAAUACCCCUUGGCUUAUUUUCCCAGAAUCUCAAAAUCUAUUUAACGUUACUUCCACAUUUAGUCGAUAUAGUAAUUAUCCGUUAACACUCUCGGGAUUAAAUGAUGAUUCAAUAACUGGGUUAAAAUAUUAUUUACCAUUGCCAUUGAAGAAGCGAAAAAAAUUAUCUCCUAUCGUAUAUAUUCAAUCUAUCUGUGAUAAUCCCAUACAAAGGGACUCUUAUGUUAAAAAACUUAUGGAUUACAUGCCAAUUGAUUCUUUUGGAAAGUGUUUAAAUAAUAAAGAACUUCCCGAAGAGUUACAGUUAAAUAAUGAAGGUGUUUAUGAUCUUUAUCAAGAAGACUUAAUGAACUUUAUAGCUCAAUACAAAUUUUCAAUAGCAAUAGAAAACUGUAUCUGUAAUGAUUAUAUAACUGAAAAACUUUGGAGGCCAUUAAUUGCCGGAUCUGUACCAAUUUAUUUUGGUUCACCAACUAUAAAAGAUUGGUUACCAAAUAAUAAAUCAGCUAUAAUUUUAGACGAUUUCAAAACAAUAAAAGAACUUGCAGAUUAUAUCAAUCAAGUGAAUAAAAAUGACACAAUGUACUUAGAAUACCUCCAACACAAACUUGCUGAUCAUAAUUUAAAAAUGACUAAUGAAUUUUUACAACGCGAAAUUAAUAAUCGAAAGGAUACGUCAAUAGAAGGUUACAAUUGCUAUUUAUGUAAAAGUUUCCAUGAGAAAACUAUUUAUAAUCCGCCGAAACAGAGUCCUUACAAAUGUAGCAAACAUAAAGCGUGGGAGAGUUUUUGGAAACGAGGCAAAUGCGAAGCGAAAAUCUUGGACAUGUUCGUUAAUCGAUUACAAUUGAAAAAUUUUACUAAACAGGAAUUUGAGGGCAACAUAACUCAGGCGAUGAACUUAAAUCAAUGUUAAAUGUUUACGUAUUUAUUAACUGAUGAUCUUUUAUUUAACUUUAAAUAUUAAUGUGGUUUUUUACUUGUUAUGAAGUGUUUAAUGAUAAGAAUAAAAAUUAAUUUUUCAAGUA